AUGGCCGAGUGUCGAGAAACUCGUGUACCAAUAUCAGCUAUCUACUUACGCAACAGACCAAUAUCAGCAAUCUUACCACGCAACAGACCAAUAUCAGCAAUCUUACAACGCAACAGACCAAUAUCAGCUAUCUUCUCUCGCAACAGACCAAUAUCAGCGAUCUACCCACGCAACAGACCAAUAUCAGCAAUCUUACCACGCAACAGACCAAUAUCAGCAAUCUUACCACGCAACAGACCAAUAUCAGGUAUCUUCUCUCGCAACAGACCAAUAUCAGCGAUCUACCCACGCAACAGACCAAUAUCAGCAAUCUUACCACGCAACAGACCAAUAUCAGCAAUCUUACCACGCAACAGACCAAUAUCAGCUAUCUUCUCUCGCAACAGACCAAUAUCAGCUAUCUACUUACGCAACAGACCAAUAUCAGCAAUCUUACCACGCAACAGACCAAUAUCAGCAAUCUUACCACGCAACAGACCAAUAUCAGCAAUCUUACCACGCAACAGACCAAUAUCAGCAAUCUACCCACGCAACAGACCAAUAUCAGCUAUCUUCUCUCGCAACAGACCAAUAUCAGCAAUCUACCCACAUAACAGACCAAUAUCAGCUAUCUUCUCUCGCAACAGACAAAUAUCAGCGAUCUACCCACGCAACAGACCAAUAUCAGCGAUCUUCCCACGCAACAGACAAAUAUCAGCGAUCUACCCACGCAACAGACCAAUAUCAGCUAUCUUCUCUCGCAACAGACCAAUAUCAGCAAUCUACCCACGCAACAGACCAAUAUCAGCAAUCUACCCACGCAACAGACCAAUAUCAGCAAUCUUACCACGCAACAGACCAAUAUCAGCAAUCUACCCACGCAACAGACCAAUAUCAGCUAUCUUCUCUCGCACAACCAAUAUCAGCAAUCUACCCACGCAACAGACCAAUAUCAGCAAUCUACCCACGCAACAGACCAAUAUCAGCUAUCUUCUCUCGCAACAGACCAAUAUCAGCGACAUACCUCGGUAUUAA